UUAAAACCCCUUUUACAAUACAACGUACCCUUCAUCAAAUAUGGAUUUUCAUUUCCAUAUGGCUACAACCACAAGUUCAACCGGUUGCAGCCCUCAAAACAUGCAAUUCUACACCGCACCAUCAAGCCCGAUCGGUCUAGACACUGGUUCGGAUUACAAUGACCAUGAGUUCGAGUUUGAGGUCACUACCCGGAUGUUUACAAACUGUUGCGAGUUUCAACAAACGUAUCCUUCUUUUUGGUGGACAAAAAGAAACGAUAGUGGGCAGGAAAACUAUCGGCUACCAGCUCGAGCCGCAUCAUUUUGUAGUGGACAAGUUUUACCUUUGAAACCCCCUCCGCGACUCCAAACAUCCGUCUCUUCAUCGCCAAGGUCGCCGAACUCGUUACUAAGGGUCCGGUUUUCUAGAUCGCGUGCUUGGAAUGAUGACUUUGACCCUUUCCAGUUUGCUUUGGAGAAAGUUAGCGAUGAAACGAGGGCUAGGAUGAGUUUCCAUAGACGGUCUCAAUCGUACUCAGGAUAUAGAACUAGUAGUGUCGCACACUGGCUCGAUGGUGCGGCGGACCGGGAAAAAGGCCACAAGAAACAAGAGUUUAAUCCCAAUAACAAUAACAACAUAAUAUCCAAAAUUUUCGAUCCGGGGUAUGGACAUGUUAGUUUGCGUAUGAACCCCAAUGAACAUUUAAAACCACGUGGGCCAACACUCGCGAUGAUGAUGAUGGAGCAUAAAGAGACGGUAUACUCAAGACGGGUCGUUCCUAAGGAACAUGUUGACAAACCGAGGGCAAAGUCAAGUCGAAUGGCUCGAAGCACAACCAAAGGUAUGUGGCUAGGAAGAAGGGUGAAUGAUGAAGACCAUGAGCACAUGAAGGGUGGAAGUGAGUCAAAAUGUAGUACGGAAUCAAAGAUGCAUAGAGUGAUGUCAUUUUUGCUCAAGUUGAAAAAGGGUAGCAAUGAAAGUAAUAAAAACUGGAAACUACGUCGUUGCUUAGGGUAUUCUCCUAGGAGCCCACCAUUUAUGAAGUAAAUAAAGAGGCCCAUAAUCUUAAGGCCUCUAUUGCAUGUGACCCAUUUAAUAUACAGGCCUCUUUUACUUGCAGUUGAGGCUUGGAUAUUAGUUGUACACAGUUAUAAUUAAAUAUACAACUAAUUUGUUUA